ACAGGCUGAGAUUACUGCAGAGAGGCAGACAAGGAAUCGGGAAAAAGGAAGAAUGACGUUUAAUUAACUAAACGCACUGAACAUCAUCAACCAGGAAGGACAAUUUCAUGCAUCUUAACAUAGUACAGAUAUUUGUUACAGAUUGAAUUGACUCAGCUGGCAAAACUCCCCAGAAAUUGACUGAAGGACUGGCAACCAGGCUGCAGGCCCCACUCAUGACAAGAUGUCUGCCAGGGAGCGGAGUCCUCACCACAGGCCGUGGUCUGUGUAUCGGGCCAACACCUUCGACCUCUCCUCUGAGAUGAUGGGAUUAACUCUAGCAGGCAAUAGCCAAGAUCCAGAUGAACCUGUAUUAGAAUUUAGCCUAGCUUGCAGCGAACUAAUGACGCCAUCACUGGAUCGUAAACCAAAUAGUUUUGUAGCAGUAAGUGUAACCACACCCCCUCAAGCAUUCUGGACAAAGCAUGCCCAAACAGAGAUUAUAGAGGGCACAAGUAACCCUAUCUUCCUGAGCAGCAUUGCGUUUUUCCAGGACUCUCUGAUCAAUCAGCAGACACAGGUGAAGCUUUCAGUGUACGACGUGAAGGAUCGCUCUCAGGGAACAAUGUAUUUACUGGGCUCUUCAUUGUUCACUGUGAAAGAACUGCUACUGGAGAAACAACACAGGUUACAUCUGAUGCUAAGGUCUGCUGAAAACGAGAGAGUGGGUAAUAUCACAAUUAUAGCGUGGCAGAUGGAGGAGAAGAGAGACCAAAGGGCUCCAGUGACACGAUUGCCUGACACUAUCAACGGAAGGAUGGUCCUGCCAGUUGACGAAAGCUUAACAGAGUCUUUAGGAAUUCGAGCAAAAUAUGCAUCAUUAUGCAAAGACGCUUUAUUAAAAUCAGUGUUUGGUGGAGCAAUGAGUCGGAUGUACCGUCUCCCUACCACGGAUGGGAACCACUUGCGAAUACUUGAGCAGAUGGCAGAAAGUGUGCUGUCUGUCAACAUCCCUCGACAGUUUGUAAAACUGCUCCUUGAAGAAGACGCAGCCAGAGUUUGUGAGCUGGAAGAGCUGGGGGAGCUGUCACCCUGUUGGGAGGGUCUUCGACGGCAGAUUGUCACCCAGUAUCAAACCAUCAUACUGAACUACCAGGAAACACUGACCGACCUGCAUCAGUAUAAAGGGCCUUCUUUCAAAGCUAGCAAUUUAAAAGCUGAAAAAAAAUUGGAGUUUAUUCCAACCAACCUCCACAUCCAGAGAAUGAGAGUGCAAGAUGACUCAGGAUCAGAUCUGACAUAUGACAUCGUUACUAUCGGAGCACCAGCAGCACAUUGUCAGGGCUUUAAGAACGGAGGCCUCAGGAAGCUCAUUCACAAGUUUGAAGAAGCCAAAAAGCACAUUUAUGAGGAGGGUUGCAGCUCCAUGUCCAGCUCGCAGUCCAUCGUUUACAUACCACAGGACAUUAUGAGAGCAAAGGAGAUCAUAGCACACAUCAAUACUCUGAAGACCCAGGUCAGUUACUAUGCUGAGAGACUCUCAAGGGCAGCGAAGGACCGCUCCUCAAACGGCCUGGAAAGAACACUUGCCAUCUUAGCAGAUAAGACUAGACAGCUGGUGACUGUGUGUGACUGUAAAUUACUGGCAAACGCAAUCCAGGCGCUGAAUGCUGCUAGGCCCGAGUACAUUGCCUCUAAAAACUCCCCAACAGCUGGGGACGUAGACCAAGUGAUGCUCAGAAACGAUCAAGACACCCUGGUGGCGAGGUGGACUGGCAGAAACAGCCGGUCAUCGCUGCACAUCAGUUGGCACGAAGAGGAGUGGGAAAAAAUUUGGCUGAAUGUUGACAAAAGCCUGGAAUGCAUUAUCCAGCGUGUCGACAAACUGCUUCAGAAGGAGCGUCUACAAAGUGACAGCUGUGAGGACGUGUUCCAGUGCGAUCUAACCUGCACCGGCAAGAAAGGUAACCUGGAGAGGCGUGCGUACUGGAUCAAUCCAGACUGCAGAGGUGACGCUAGCUCAUCAUCAUCAUCAUCAACAUCACCAUCAUCCUCAUCAUCCCCAGUAUCAUCUAUGUGCCAUUUUCACACACAUAAAAAUUGCAACACCCCUGCUGAGGAGGCCACUCCAGGAGAAUGGAGCGAGGCCCUUUAUCCGUUGCUAACGACUCUCACAGACUGUGUAGCUAUGAUGAGUGAUAAAGCUAAAAAAGCUAUGGUGUUCCUGCUAAUGCAAGACACUGCCCCAACAAUAGCUAUGGAUCUGAGUCUUCAGUACCGGAGGGAUGUAGUCUUUUGUCAAACACUGACUGCCCUGAUUUGUGGAUUUAUAAUCAAGUUGAGGAACUGCCUUCACGAUGAUGGCUUCCUGCGCCAGCUCUACACCAUUGGCCUGUUGGCACAGUUUGAAAGUCUUCUUAGUACAUAUGGAGAAGAGCUGUCAAUGCUAGAAGACAUGAGCAUAGGAAUUCUGGAUUUGAGGAACGUGACCUUCAAGGUUACACAGGCAACUUCAGGGUCAUCUCCGGAUAUGUUGCCAGUUAUCACAGGAAAUCGUGAUGGAUUUAAUGUGAGGAUCCCUCUGCCUGGCACAAUGUUUGACGCACUGCCCAGAGAAAUCCAGAACGGCAUGCUGCUACGAGUCCAGCCUGUUCUCUUCAAUGUGGGAAUCAAUGAGCAGCAAACACUCGCAGAAAAGUUUGGAGACACAUCAUUACAAGAACUCAUUAACAUGGAAAGUUUAGCUCGCUUGAAUUCUUAUUAUGAGCAGUUUAAAGAAGUUUUGCCUGAAGAUUGUCUACCUCGAUCGCGCAGCCAGACUUGCUUGCCAGAACUGUUAAGGUUUCUCGGUCAGAAUGUGCAUGCAAGGAAAAACAAGAAUGUGGAUAUCCUUUGGCAAGCAGCUGAGAUAUGUCGUCGCCUGAACGGAGUUCGCUUCACCAGCUGUAAAAGUGCCAAGGAUAGGACAGCCAUGUCGGUGACGCUGGAACAGUGUCUGAUCCUGCAACAUGAGCACGGCAUGGCCCCCCAGGUCUUUACACAGGCCUUGGAUUGUAUGAGGAGUGAGGGUUGUCGCCGAGAAAACACCAUGAAGAAUGUUGGAUGUCGCAAGUAUGCCUUUAAUACUCUGCAGUUGAAGGCUUUUCCAAAACAGUACAGGCCUCCAGAAGGAACCUAUGGGAAAGUUGAAACUUGAUAGGACAUAAAAAAAAUAUAUAUACAAACUUUUAAACUUAAGAUAAAACAGAACAUUGUGGAUUGCUUAAUGCACUGUUAAAUAUUAAUUUCAGUUAUGUAUAAAAACAAACAAAACAAAAACCCAACAGAUAGAACCAGCAAAGCUGUUUUGUAGAGAUUUCACUGAGUUGUUUACACAAGACUAUACAGUAGAUAAAGCAUGCUUCUUCGACAUACUCGGUUAAAUAGGACAAGAAGUAAACCUCUAAUUAAUAGUACUGUACAAUAAACUAUUACUGCAGCUAGGUUUUCUUCAUUCCUUGCACAUGAAUGCACUUCACACACAGUGCAUCAAGUAUACCUGUUACUGAGUGUAAACUUCCCUGGUUAGGGAACUGUGACUAAAACUCUACUUCAAAGUGAACCACCUUUGUGAAAAACUGGUAUAAAUUUAGGCUGAAUUAAAACUGGUGUUUAGGUUUGAAAAUAAAUGAAUGUGAAAAUAGUGCAGUGGUAGAAAAUCCCAGGAAGGUCAGUGGAGGUUUUAAAAUAUACAUUUCAGUCUAAUUAAACUGAAAAGUUUGGUGGGUUUGUGACAGGUUGUUAAAUAUUGUGAUAAAGACCUAAAUUAAGAAAACAAAAUAUAUGACAUUCCAGUUAUCAUCACUUAUGUAGGCAAAAUGUCAGUUUUCCUUAUUUCCCAGUGAAAAUAUUUCAAUUUAUUAACCUCAAUGUGUACUGUAAGCAUGCUUCACUGUUACCGUAAAGUGACAGAUUCCACAGAAUGUAAUUUUUCCUGGGACUGCUUUGCUGCAAAGAGGCUGCAGAGGUUGUCUUAAGAAAUUAACAAUGAGGCAAAAGUUCAAUACACUUUAUCUCAUUGGGUUUUUCAGAAUGUAAUUGCAUAAUAUAUAUUACCUAAGUCAUUUUUUAAUUUACCAUUUAUAAACAAAUUUAUUAAAAACAAAACAAAAAAAGACCUAGACUUACGCAGUUGCUUGAAUUAAAUUUCCUGCCGUACUGCAUACAUUAUAUUUGCUGUAUUGCCUGUAUCACUGAGCUUACAGCUUUGAGAAUACAGUACAAACCACCAUGUGAAUGCAGUUCACUUCCAUCACUUCACAGCAGCUUCUUGUGGCUGAAAAUAUGCAGUACAUGAACAAUAUAAUGGUAAAACAAAGCUGCUGUAGCAUGUUUAAUAUAGUCAGGCACAAAUUCCCUUGUUAUACUGGGGUAUUGUACAUUAAAAUUGUCGCCGGUGUAAAUUUUUUACUUAGUUUGCACAACUGAUUUGGAUCUUAUCGAUCAGAACAUCUAUUGAUGUCUCACUAAGCGUUAAACUUUUUUGGUGACACAUGCAAAUCACAGUUGACUCAGACUAAUAUUCACAAUAAACUGAAAUCGCACUGAGAACAGUUUAAGCAACACAGAAAGUGCUUUAUUUCACAUGAAACACACAUGUGAUUUUAAAUAUGUUAUAUUGCUAUGGUUGCUGUUCUUAAAUCCCCUUGUAAUGUACGUGUUCUAGUGUAAUCAUUACUGUGAAAUAUGUAGUAUUGUUUGAAAUGUUACAUCAGUGGCAGAGAUCUGAUCUAGCCCUUACUGUUGUUGAUUCCCUAGUCUGUUGAAAAAGUUAAUGAACCAUUAGUCUGUUGAAGUGAACUGCAAAUAUCCAGUUACAUUCACAUACUGUGACAUCAUUUUCAUGUUGCUUCAAAAACAUAAUAAAUUAAAGAUGCUGAACAAUUAUAGGGGGAAAAAAAAAAGUAAGUGACUUGCAUGUUAACUGAGCACCCAAGUACAACAUGCAUAAUAUUCGAGUGUAAUGUCAUGCUGACUACAGUAGGGGCUCAUUUGAAAAUGUUUUUGUAAAACAGUAAUACAUUUGUGUAGGUCACUUUUAAAUUGGUACUUAAUGCACUGCAGAUAUGAAAAGAAGUUUACUAUGUUGAAUAAACACAGUAUAUUGGGAAGCAAGAGACAAAAUAGCAACCCAUAGCUGUUGCAUGCAGGUGGAUACAGCUGCUGAAUUUCAAAAGUACAAUCAAUAGGUUUCACUGCUGUUACAUGCCACUUUAAACAAUUAGACAAUCGCCCCUCAAACUGUUACUGCUGUGCUCACAGAUUCCUCAAACAAAGCUCACAGUUCUGUGCAGAAUCAAUUGACUUACAUUGUGUGAUUGACUGUAAGAGUGAAAUUUUGUAAAUGACAAUAAGAUGCAAGCUAGUGUAGCAGCACAGUUCACGGUUUGAAAGACUGCACUUCUACGUUAACAGCACAGCUGAAGUUGCAUUGUUGUGCACUGCCACCUUCACAAGAGGCAUUCACAGUUCCACUGCAGAUCACACAGGUAACACCAUUUUAGUAGCACUUUUAUCAAUUUAUCAAUUUAUCAAGAAUGGGGGGAAAAAAGGUGUCUUACUUUUGAUGCAUGUAGCAAAGCUAACAUAGUUGUACUUUAAGGUACUAAUUUACUGCAUAAAAAGUGACACUGAUAAGAACAACUGUGAAAUGCAACUUGUAUUGUCUAAUUGUACUGUGUACACACAUCAGUCAUUUUUAUUUUGAAGGAUAAAUAUAUUGUACAUUUUUUAGUCUGAGCACCUAGAGUUCCAUUUUAUUUUGCUUUGUGUUCUUUAUAUAUACUGUAACAUUGUGUAAUUCAAGACAAAUGCUCAGUCACAAUGCCAGUUGCCAAGUUGAAGCAUUCAAUUUUCUUUAUUUAUUAUUUUUUAUUUUAUUUAAUGUUUUAUGUUUUUGUUACUCACAGCCAGUCUUUUCAGAUUUAGCUAUGCUGUAUAUGUGCUUUUCCCAGUGCCCUCCUAUACAACUAAAGCAAUUAGAAGAAUUGACAAUAAAAUAAAAUAAAAAUUCUUAUGGUGUAUUUUUUUUCUUUUGAAUUGUGAUUUGUGAUAUGUUGAAUGUAGAAUCAUGGCUGAUAGUGACUAUCAUUACAGAAUAUAUGCCAAGUUUAACCAGUCAGUAACAAACCUGCCAGUUUCAGCAAAAGUAUGUGCUGUAUAUUUCAGGUGUUACCAGUUAGUUUGUUUAUUGUCCAGCUGAUGUAUAUCAUAUACUGUAAACAUUGCAUCGAAUUUAGGAUUUGGAAUAUGUCCUCAUUGCAUAAUAAAGGAGUUGUAUUCAAAGUAAGUUUUCUAUUUAAUGAAAAUAGUUAUGUUUUAAGCCAGAUUUUUAAAAAGACUUGAGAGCAUUUACCUUCCUUUUAAACUUGGCUUUGUGCAUUGCAUGAGCUGUCAACCUUUGUAAAAUGGGGCCAUUUUGGCAUUUAAUAGCAAUGAACAUUUAAUAGCAAUGAACAUUUAGCAUAGCCGUACACUGCUACUUUUUUUUUUAAA